AUGGUACUGAACCCAUAUAGUACAGAACUGAACUAUAGUAACAAGAUGCAAGCGUCCAUCGCCGCAAACACAUGGGUAGUCAGUGGGGCUCCCCAGACCAAGAACGCAACAUCUUCACUUCUUUCCUUGCACAUUCCUGUUAAGGAAGCAAAGAAAUCUUGGAUUCAUAAAUGGGAGAAGCACAUAAGGGAGAAGAAGAUGAUUGCAAGGAUGGAGAGGGAGCAAAUCAUUUGGAGGGAUAGAAUGCCACUGUGUGGUGUUUUUAUGCAUUUUUAUUUGCUUUCAACUAUGUUUGUACUAGCUGGGAAUAAGUGACUAGGCAAUAAGUGUAGAUGUAUGGAUAUGCUCUAAUGCUCCUGGUUUACUAUAAAUUUUCGAUUUGGAAUGA